AUGGAUAAAAACAAAAGUUCAAUUGAAAAAGAAUUAAAUAAAGGAAAACAGGAUGUUAGUUUAAGUGCUUUUAGUUUUCUAUUUAGUGAGGUGGUUCAAUACUGCUUAUAUAAAAGUAAAAGAGGGUAUCGAAUAGAAGAUUGCUUACAUGAAAUGGGUCUACGAGUAGGAUAUAAAUUAAACGAAUAUUUAACUUACAAAAAUAAAAUGAAAAGGAGUAUAAAUAUAGUUAACAUGUUAACUUUUAUAUCUAAAUAUGUAUGGAAAUAUUUAUUUCAGCAUUCUUCUGAUUUACUUAAAUCACAAGAUAGUAUAUAUGAAUAUAUGAUAUGUGACAAAAAUAUUUUAUUAAAUAAAUUUAUAAGUAUACCUAAAGAUUAUGGAAAUAUAAAUUGUGCUUCUUUUGCAGCUGGAAUAGUUGAAGGUUUGCUGUGUAGUUCAGAAUUCCAAGCAGAAGUCACUGCACACACAAUUUAUGAAAGUGAUCAAAAUUAUAACACAACUAUUUUUAUUAAAUUUUAUCCAGAAGUUGUUGAAAGAGAGAAGAAUCAUUAA